CGGAAAGCUGCGGCGCGUGGGCAGAAUUCGUAGAGCUUCACUGUAGUCUGAUGGGUGGAAUCUUCGUGAAGAUGAUUGUGAGAUCGGCGAAAUGCGCAGGUGCUGCUUUUUUCGUUCUAACGAAGCACCGUCACGUGUAACUUUGCCUGAGCAGAAGGCGUGCGAGGACGAGCGGGACGCUAGCUGCGUUAAACUCGUGUUAAUUGACUUAAAUGCGCACAUUCUCUUGUCGUAACAUAGUGGAAAUGUUCGUCGUGUUGUAGCUUAGUCACUUUUAGAAACAUGUUUCGCCAGACGAAGGCUGUGCUCCACAAACUACGUCAUGUAAGUUUCAACGUACAGAAUCACACAAGGAGGCUGAAAAGCACCUCAGCGAGAGAAAGGGCUCUUGAGUACCGGCCAGGGCAGGAAAUCCAUGGCUUCACAGUCAGAGAGGUUGUAGCAGUUCCUGACUUGUUUCUCACAGCAGUGAAAUUGACCCAUGAUAAAACUGGAGCUCAGUACCUGCAUGCAGCCAGAGAUGACUCCAACAACCUCUUCAGUGUCCAGUUCAGGACCACCCCCAUGGACAGCACAGGGGUCCCACACAUCCUUGAGCAUACAGUUCUCUGUGGAUCCAAAAAGUAUCCAUGCAGAGACCCAUUCUUCAAGAUGCUUAACAGGUCCUUGUCCACCUUCAUGAAUGCCUUCACAGCCAGCGACUACACCAUGUAUCCAUUCUCAACCCAAAAUGGGAAAGACUUCCAGAAUCUUCUGUCUGUGUAUCUGGACGCUGUUUUUUUCCCUUGUUUACGAGAGCUGGACUUUUGGCAGGAGGGCUGGAGGUUGGAGAAUGAAAAUCCCAACGAUCCAAACUCUUCAUUGGUAUUUAAAGGAGUGGUCUUCAAUGAAAUGAAGGGAGCAUUUUCAGACAGUGAGCGCUUAUACGCCCAGCACCUCCAGAAUAAGCUGUAUCCAGACCACACCUACUCCGUGGUGUCAGGAGGAGAACCUCUGGCCAUCCCUGACCUGACCUGGGAGCAGCUCAGACAGUUCCACGCCACACACUACCACCCUAGCAAUGCCAGGUUUUUCACUUAUGGAGAUUUGCCUUUGGAGCAGCAUCUGAAGCAGAUUGAAGAGGAAGCUCUGUCCAAGUUUGAACGCAUCAGCCCAAACACAGAGGUCCCCUCCCAGCCACACUGGUGCAGUCCUCGAGAGGAUCACGUGACCUGCAGCCCUGAUGCUCUAGCUCCAGAUCCAGCCAGGCAGAACACGCUGUGUGUGAGCUACCUGCUGGGAGACAUCACCAACACAUUUGAAGGAUUCACUCUCAGCCUGCUCUCCUCUCUGAUGAUCUCUGGGCCAAACUCCCCUUUCUACAAAGCUCUCAUUGAACCUAAGAUAGGAACCGACUUUUCCUCUGUCGUAGGAUACGAUGGCAGCACCAAAGAGGCAUCCUUCAGCAUCGGCCUGCAGGGAAUGGCUGAGGAGGAUGCGGAGAGGGUCAAACAAAUCAUCAGCCAUACCUUUGAUGACAUUAUUAAGAAUGGCUUUGAGGAGGAAAGAAUUGAGGCUCUCCUCCAUAAGCUGGAGAUCCAGAUAAAACACCAGUCCACCAACUUUGGCCUAUCUCUGGCCUCGUACAUAGCAUCGUCAUGGAACCAUGAUGGUGACCCUGUGGAACUGCUGCAGAUCAGCGAUAGCGUUGCCAAGUUCAGACAAGCGCUCCAGGAAAACCCUCGCUUCCUUCAGGAAAAAGUCAAACACUAUUUUAAGGACAACACACACAGACUGACGCUGUCUAUGAGCCCAGAUGAGGCCUACCUGGAGAAACAGGCCAAGGCUGAGGAAGACAAGCUGCAGCAAAAGAUCCAGGCUCUGUCUGAGAGCGACAGACAGGAGAUCUAUGACAAAGGUCUGGAGCUGCUGGCUGCUCAGAGUAAAACCCAGGACGCCUCCUGUCUGCCUGCACUCAAAGUAUCUGACAUCCAACCCACGAUCCCCAUCACUCCUGUUCAAAUUGAUACCACAGGAGGCAGGUCGGUUCAGUACUGUGAGCAGCCCACCAACAGCUUGGUUUACUUCAGAGCCAUGUGUAGCCUCAACAGCCUGCCAGAGGACCUGAGGCUUUACGUCCCUCUCUUCUGCAGUAUUAUCACCAAGAUGGGCUGUGGAGCUCUGGACUACAGGCAACAAGCGCAGCAGAUGGAGCUGAGGACAGGGGGCAUGUCUGUUUCCACCCAGGUCAUCCCCGACUCCUCGGAGCUGGACGCGUACGAACAGGGUGUCCUCCUGGCAUCUUCCUGCCUGGAGAGGAACCUUCCCCACAUGUUUCAGCUGUGGAGCGACAUAUUCAACAGGCCCCAUUUUGACAAUGAAGAGCGGCUUAGGGUGCUGGUGAUGAUGUCAGCACAGGAGUUGGCCAAUGGGAUCUCGUACUCUGGUCACAUGUAUGCCAUGACCCGAGCAGGACGUCACCUGACUCCAGCUGGAGACCUGCAGGAGACCUUUGGUGGAAUGGACCAGGUGGCGUUCAUGAAGAGAAUGGCAGAGAUGUCGGACCUGAGCCCAGUCAUCAGGAUGUUGCCCAGGAUCAAAAAGCACAUUCUCAAUCCUGAAAACAUGAGGUUCGCCGUCAAUGCAAGUCCACAGAAAAUGUCUGACGCAGCAGCUCAGCUGGAGAGUUUUAUGAAGGACGUUGCUGAAACCAGAAAGGAACGCAAACCCGUCAGACCAAAUGUCAUCGGGAGACCACUGGACCCUCUGGAUGUGUCUGGACCAAGCAGAAAACUCAUCUCUGAGCUGAAUUUCCACCCUUGUCAGAUGAAAACCUUCUUCCAGAUGCCGUUCCCUGUUAAUUUUGUCAGCAAGACUAUACGCACAGUGCCCUUCACUCACGAGGAUUACGCCAGCUUGUGCAUCUUGGCGAGAAUGAUGACUGCUAAAUUCCUCCAUGGAGAGAUCAGAGAGAAGGGUGGAGCCUACGGGGGCGGAGCCAGGAUGGGAGGAGGUGGUCUGUUCUCUUUCUACUCCUACAGGGAUCCAAACGCGGUGCAGACCUUGUCUGCGUUCAGUAGAGCCGUGGACUGGGCCAAAUCAGGACAGUUCACUCAACAAGACAUCGAUGAAGCCAAACUGUCGGUCUUCUCAGCCGUGGACUCACCUGUGGCUCCUGCAGACAAAGGUAUGAGUCGCUUCCUCAGUGGAAUCACAGACGAGAUGAAGCAGAAUUACAGGCAAAGACUCUUCGCAGUGAGUCAUAAAGACCUGGUGGACGUUGCAGAAAGGCACCUCGGCAUCAGGCAGACGACCUUCGGUGUCGCCGUCCUCGGUCCAGAGAACGAGACGAUCAAGAAAGAUCCCUCAUGGAUUGUGAAGUAACAACUGCCGUCACUACACGUCCUCCUGGAGUGAAGCUGCAGCCAGAGGCCCUGCUUUAAAUGGCCGACGAGGUUUUGCUGUCUUUGGGUCGGACCCGGGUCACGUGCUCCAGCUGACCCGAGUCGGACACGUCGUAGCUCGUCUUGUACUUGGCCAGGAUUUUCAUCAGCGGACGGAGCUUCAGCCACCACUGCUCCUUGGGGAUCCUGUGGCUGAAGGGAUGACAACGUGUGUAGAAGAGAAUCACAUCCACAAACUAUUCAGAGGCUGGAACCUGGACGUAGGAUACUAGACAGAGUCUAUUUAAUUUGUCUGUUUGUUUUUUAAGUUAUCAUUACUGAAUAAAUAACUGAUUAUUUUUA